CACCCCAAAUGAAAGUUGUAUCCUUUGAGUAAAUUUCUCUGGGCGGAGUAGGUUGCACAUUUUUCGUUAUAUAUAUGGACAUCGACAGGGUGACAUUGUGGUCAAGAAGUAUAGAACGGUGGCAGCUCAGACCCGGUGAUCACAUCUACGCCUGGUUCGGUUUCGGUGUCUACUCGCAUCAUGGAAUCUACCAAGGUGACGACAAGGUGAUCGACUUCACCGUCGAUGCGCAGUCCGGCGGCUCCGGCCUCAGCGUUUCAGCGUCCUCCUCCUCCUCCUCCUCGGCUGGAGGCGGUGUCAGGUGCUGCAGCCUUCUUGGCAGCUUCCUAGAAGGACAUGAUAUUCGCCUCUUCGCCUACUCGGUGCCAUGGUGGUUCUAUAAAGCCAGCAUUGGUAAUGGUUUUCAAGACACCUGCUCCAUGGAAGAUGCAGACCCCCCCGAGAGGGUCUUGCGCCGCGCCGACUACCACCUCAACCACGGCUUCGGCAACUACAACCUUUUGCUCAGAAACUGCUUCGACUUUGCCUUUUACUGCAAGACAGGGCACCUUUACUAUUCACUACUAGACAUUGUAGAUGACUCUUUAGGUGAUAGCCCCUCAUUUUCGUCAGACCUGGGCAGAGUUAUUCGUCGAUGGUUCUUUUGAUAAUUUUAGGCUUGUUUAGAUCUUUACCCGUAAAUCUCGUAAACACAAAAAAAACAUCACAUCGAAUGUUUUACACUUGCAUGGAGUAUUAAAUGAAGUUUAUUUACAAAACUUUUUGCAUGAAUGGGCUGUAAAUCGCGAGACGAAUCUAACGAGCCUACUUAAUUCAUGAUUUGCAACAGGGAUGCUACAGUAACCAUCCGCUAAUUAUGGAUUAAUUAGCAUCAUUAGAUUGGUCUCGCGAUUUACAACUCAUCUAUGCAAAAAGUUUUGUAAAUAGACUUAAUUUAGUACUUCAAAUUAACAAGAUUCCAUCGUAAAUUUUUUUUGCGUUGGAACUAAACACGGAUUAUUUUAUUUACUUUUGUACAACCUUACGUUCAAUUACUGCUUCGACUUUGCCUUUUAUUGCAAGACAAGACGCCGUACGUUAUCGUUUAAAACUAGAGUAUCUUUUCGCAAAAAAAAAAGACAAACUAGGCAUGUACAAUCAUGUAGACAUAGCCAUACGGCUCUUGUCUACCAUAUCAUAUAGUACUUGUCUACCAUAUCAUAUGGGUCUAGUAUUUGGUGUCUAGUACUAACACAGACACCUUAUACUUGAGCUGGUGUCUAGUAUUUGGUUGGUUGUGUGCAAACUGUCUAAUGUAUUCAUGAUCAAGUAUAUAUAAAUAAGAAAGUUGUAUGUUAUUUUGUUACAGACUCAAAGAAAUAUAUAUGGCAAGUUGGCAACA